AUGGGACCCACCACGCUCGCCUCCGUCAGUGCAGAGGUUGUUGACAAGGCAAAAUUCUCCUGGUUCGGGAUUCAGGAUUGCCUACUGAAGUGGCUGCCGCCCUCGGUGGAGGUGAAGACCGCCCUUGUCUCUGUCUUCGACAAGGCGGGCCUCGAGGACUUGGGCAAGUUCUUGGCCUCGAAGGGUGUGCACAUCCUUUCCACCGGCGGGACAGCCGCCAAGCUCCGGGACCUGGGAUGCACCGUUCAGGACGUUGCCGACUACACUGGAUCCCCGGAGAUCCUGGACGGACGCGUGAAGACACUCCACCCCAAGGUGCACGGAGGCCUCCUGGCUGCGCGUGGCAACGCUGGGCACGAGGCAGAGAUGGAGAAGCACAGCAUUCGAAAGAUUGACUUGGUCGUCGUGAACCUGUAUCCAUUCCAGGAGGCUGUGGCCAAAGGUGGCGACUUCGCGACAUGCAUUGAAAACAUCGAUAUCGGCGGUCCAGCAAUGAUCCGGGCCUCGGCUAAGAACAACGCGGCGGUGACCAUCCUGACCAGCCCUGGCCAGUACGGAAAGUUCAUGCAGGAAGUGUCCGACAACGCUGGCUGCACAACUUUUGCCUUCCGCAAGAACAUGGCUGCUGCUGCGUACGCACUCACCUCGUCAUAUGACUCGGCUGUGAGUGCAUGGAUGGCCGGGGAGGCAGCCCGCUUGAGGAACUUCAGGGACGAGAGGUCGAAGGAUGUGACUGAGCCUCCGGCGAAGAAGACCAUCACCUUUGACCUGCAGAUGCCACUGAAGUAUGGCUGCAACCCGCAUCAGCUGCCUGCUGGACUCUGCGCCGUGGCUGGCGGCAAGCUUCCAUUCGAGGUCGUGAACGGCACUCCGGGCUACAUCAACCUCUUGGAUGCCAUCAAUGCCUGGCAACUGGUGCAUGAGCUGGCGCAGGCCACUGGCCUCCCGGCAGCAGCCUCCUUCAAGCACGUGAGCCCGGCGGGCGCGGCCAUUGGCUUGCCUUUGAGUGACGAGGAGAAGAUUGUGUAUGAGGUCAAGGACAAGGAGCUCACGGAUGUCGCGGCGGCCUACGUUCGCGCCCGGAACGCCGACCCCAUGUGCUCCUUCGGCGACUUCGUCGCCAUCUCGCAUGAGGUAGACGUGGCCACGGCGAUGAUCUUGAAGAUCGAGGUCAGCGAUGGCAUCAUCGCCCCAUCUUUCCGUCCUGAGGCGUUGGAGACCCUCAAGGCCAAGAAAGGCGGCAAGUUCAUCGUCUUGAAGGCCGACGCUGGCUUUAAAUACAGCGACCUCGAGUAUCGAAUGGUUGGUGGCGUGGGUUUCAUGCAGAAGCGGAACGAUGCCAUCUUUGACGCUUCGAAAUUGUCGGAGGUGGUCACAUCCAGCAAGACCAUCCCUGACAAGGCGCAGAAGGACCUCAUUUUGGCGUCCAUUGCCAUCAAGUACACGCAGUCCAACUCGGUGGGCUACAGCAAGAAUGGCAUGAUGGUCGGCGUGGGCGCAGGCCAGCAGAGCCGUGUCGACUGCGUCAAGUUGGCGGGCCGCAAGGUGGCGACGUGGUGGCUCCGCUUCCAUCCGAAGGUCAAGGGCCUGCCUUUCAAGGACGGCGUCAAGCGCCAGGACCGCGUGAACGCGCGGGUGCGCUACAUUGAAGGCGACAUGGAGGAGGCCGAGCGCGGCGAGUGGCUGAAGAACUUCGACGCCCCCCCGGAGCCGUUGUCGGCGGAGGAGAAGAGCAGCUUCCUGAAAGGCCUCGACGAUGUUGCCAUCUCCUCUGAUGCCUUCUUCCCCUUCCGGGACUCCAUCGACCACGCGACCAGGCUCGGGGUGAAGUUCGUGGCUCAGCCCGGUGGAUCUGUGGCCGACAAGGAGGCUUGCGCCUUCUGUCUCGAUGCCCUGAAAAACGUCACGACGCCUCUGCAGGUCAUCGAUGCUUGCAACACCUACGGUAUGACCAUGGCCUUCACGCAGCUCCGACUCUUCCAUCACUGA